AUUUGACGACUGUGAACCAAUGAGCGCUCACCGUGGAAUGGAACGCUUUUAAAACGCGCAGAGCAGUGCAUUGUUUAGCCGGUUUUGUUGGUUUUAUAUUCCCCUUGUUGUUUUAUUCGUACACUUCUGUGCAAGCAUGUCGAGGAAAAACCAACAUAUUCAAGUCUUUGUGCGAUGCAGGCCACCGACUGCCAGUGAGAAGAAAUCUGGUAGCGCCUCCGUCGUCGAAGUAAAACAGGACAAGAAAGAGGUCCUCGUCAAGGACCGUCUUUGCCCAGAUAGGAACAAGGCCUUCUCCUUUGACCAUGUCUUUCCUGGCACAGCUCAGCAGAUUGAAGUGUACCAGGCUGUCAUGGGGCCCACCAUCAACGAAGUCCUCAUGGGCUAUAACUGUACAGUAUUUGCCUAUGGCCAGACAGGCACAGGGAAGACAUACACCAUGGAGGGUGAACGAUCCAACAUGAACCUAAGCUGGAACCAAGACCCAUCAGCCGGCAUUAUACCGCGAACGCUUCACCAGCUGUUCGAAACCCUCCAGGGCUUGGACCUAGAGUUCACCAUCCGUGUCUCCUUCCUCGAACUAUACAACGAAGAACUGUUCGACCUGCUCAGUGCCCACGAGGACACGACGAGGCUCAAAAUCUUUGAGGACUCCACCAAAAAGGGCUCUGUCAUCAUUCAAGGUCUGGAGGAGAUCACUGUGCAUACACGCGACGAGGUUUUCUUCAUUCUGGAAAAAGGAGCCGCAAAGCGUCAGACUGCAGCAACGUUGAUGAACGCCACGUCCUCCCGCAGUCACACUGUGUUCUCGAUCACCGUUCACAUCCGCGAGAACACUGACGACGGUGAAGAGCUCCUAAAGACCGGGAAACUCAACUUGGUGGACUUGGCGGGCAGCGAGAACAUUGGACGUUCGGGAGCUGUUGACCGUCGUGCACGAGAAGCAGGCAACAUCAACCAGAGCCUGCUCACCCUUGGCAGGGUCAUCACGGCGCUUGUUGAUAAAGCACCUCAUGUACCAUACAGGGAAAGCAAACUGACAAGGCUUCUGCAAGACUCCCUUGGUGGCCGGACAAAGACUUCUAUCAUUGCAACCAUUUCGCCGGCAGUGAUCAACCUCGACGAGACGUUGAGCACACUCGACUAUGCCCAUCGCGCCAAGAACAUCACAAACCGGCCGGAAAUCAACCAGAAGAUGACGAAGCGCGCACUGAUCAAGGAAUACACUGAAGAAAUUGAACGCCUGCGCAGAGACCUGGUGGCCUCUCGGGAAAAGAAUGGCAUCUUUGUUGAUGAAGAAAAUUACAGGAGCAUGGAAACAAAGCUGAACACUCAGUCGCAAGAAAUUGUGGAGAAAUGUGAACAGCUUGCUGCACUGACGGAGAAACUGCAACAUCUUUCAGAGUUGUUUACAUCAACAAAGAAGGAAGUCGAGGAAAAGACUAGGGUCCUCAACGAGACCUCUCGAGACCUUGACGUUACCAGGGACAUACUGAACAGCACUAAAGUGGUUCUCCAGAAGACAGAGACAGAACGUAAUGAACAGCAGCAUCUGGUCAAAGUGCACAGUCAGACGGAGGUUGCCCUGUCACAGACCGCAUCCACUCUGGUAGCCGUUGCAAGAACGACAACAAAAGACAUUGACCUGCUGCAGCAUAAGCUGUGGAGGAAAUCCGAGAUUGACGAGGUGAACAAAUCCCACCUGUCGAGCUUGGGUGAUAUGCUAGAAGGGAAGCUUGCAACCACGAGGCAACAGAUUAGUGAAAGAACAGCAUCCCAGAAGCUGGUCCUAGACGACAUUGUGGGCUCUCUCCGUGCUCUGCAGCAGAACAUUCAAGAACAGUGGCAUGCAGUGAAGACGUUUGCCUCGGAGACCAGGAGCCGCGAGGAAGAAACUGCCUCUCUUCACAGUAGUGUGUGUGCAACCUCCAGGCAACAAGCAGCAGAGGCCCUCGACAAGAUGACUGCUGCACAGAGUGGCAGCCUUGCACAAAACAAGGAGACUGUGGAGAAAACAAAGACUUCGAUUUCCACAACAGUCGAGGGAACCCGAACAGAUCUGAAGCAUCUGGAAGACUUCUGUGAAUCCCUUGUGGGCCAAGUGACAGAGGCUUGUGGCCGCAUUACACAGACUGUCGCUCAUUACGGGGAGGAGGAAGCGAGCCUUCUCGAUGCAAUGUGCCACGAGAUGGAGGAGACGAGCUCUGCCCUUGUUCAGGAAACAAAUCUUUGUGAACAGCAGGCACAGCAGUUGAGCACGCUCAUGAAAGAAGCUGACCAGAAAAUGGACUCUGCCAUGGAAGCAGUGUACCAUCAAUUGAACGCCAUGAAGCAAGAUAGGAAGAGAGUGACAGCGAUGGUGACAGAUCAUCUUGGCAAGGUUGCCGACAGCAGUUCAAAGGCUACCGAGCUACAAUCUCUGUUCACCAUUAGCGCAUCUCGUGCAAGGCAAGCCCAUACUUCCAUGGCGGCCACAUUUGCGUCGGACUGUUCGUCCAUAUGCACAGAUAUCAACACUGCUGUUCAGGAUCGCACAGCUGAGCUGAAGCAAGCUCAGGCAGCAGCAGAUGCUGCACUUGUGGCCCUGGACCGAGAAAGCACGGCUCAGCUUGACAAUCUGACGCGGGCCAUGGACGACCAGACGCAGUCCUCCGCUGACGCUAAUGUCUGCUUCCUGGCUGACCACGAGAGCUGCAUGUCCAAGCUGGAUACACUGCUGGAGGAACAAAACAAGAAGUCUGCACUGGCACAAAGUGACCUCCUGGCUUCAUCAGAAGGAGCCACAAAUGACCUGAUGAGUGGCUGCCACAAGACAAUCGAGCAGGUGCAGGCAGUGGCUACCCUCGUUGAAGCUGCAGAUGAGGAGGUUGCGUGCAAUGUCCACAGCUGUAAGGGCAUCCUCGCUCAACUUGAAAAGGACAUGGUGGUUUAUCAACCAACAGGAUGCACUCCUCAACGGAAGGACUACCCCUUCCCCACCGAGCUCCCACAUACCUCUCCGGACGAGGUGAUCCUCCAGCGUCUGCGGGCAGCAGAGGAACGCCUCAGUCCGGUGCCUUUUCCCCCAUCUGGCACGAUGCACGCUGAGGAGCAGAGCUCGAGCGAAGGGAAGUUGUCCGCAGCUUCCUCAAUGGAUUCCCUGGCCUCCUCCACUGAGGGUGCUACAAAAGAAAAUAUCGCCAAGCCCAAGGCAAAAAGGACUAAGCGACACCAGGUAUCGUCCAAGCGUGGGAUAUUGGUACCAAACAACUGAUGGGGGUACCUGACUUCAUUUAUUAUGACAUUGUAAAUUUUUUAUUUCAAUUUUAACCUUUUAAUAAUGCCAUACAGGUGGUAUCUUGCAGUAAAUUUAUCGGCAUGUGUUCAUAUAGGUAACACAUACUGUGUUGCCACAAUUGAACCACUAAGUUUAAUUCAUUCAUUCAUCUUAUUUCAUGCCUAUAGUGCUUGUGUGGGUGAAGAUGUAUGCACCUGUGAUGUGAUGACCAUGUGUGAUGACACAAUGCACCUCUGAUGGCAAUGCCACAAUAAAAUUGUCAUAUUUUUGCCAA